UCUCCACGCACGCUCGCACACCCACACACACACACAUACACACACACUAUUGGACGCUGCUGGGGGGUGGGGGGGGGCUUAUAAUAAUGGCUGGAAUGGAGCUAAUGGAAUGGCAUCAAACACAUGGAAACCAUGUGUUUGAUGUAUUUGAUAACAUACCACUCAGUGGCAACCGGUCCUUCAGGGCAGGUGGGGAAGAGCCCCACCUGUUUAGCUAAAAGAAGGGAAAAAAUCAUUGACUUUAUAGAGCCGCAUACAAACAUGGUCUCUUUUUUGCUUUCUUGAGUAAAGCAGCUCAAAAUGCAGGUUUCAGUCUAGCUCAGUGCUUUCUGUGGUGGUGGGGCAGCCAGCGAAAAUAUGGAGUGUAGGGGUUGGUAAUGUUCUGUAGUUGCGUUCACUCAUGGGGACACUACAUCACUGCAAAAUCUAUGGGGAGAGCUCGAAAAUUCAAGCCCCUUGGGUGCUGCUGUAACCGAUGUGAAAUGGCUAGCUAGUUAGCGGUGGUGCUCGCUAAUAUCGUUUCAAUCGGUGACGUCACUCGUCAACAACAAGUAGUUGUUCCCCUUGCAGUGGCUUUUGUGGCGCGACGGGUAACGAUGCUUCGUGGGUGUCAGUUGUUGAUGUGUGCAGAGGGUCCCUGGUUCGAGCCCAGGUAGGGGCGAGGAGAGGGACUGAAGCUAUACUGUUACAUUGAUGCUGUUGACCCGGAUCACUGGUUGCUGCGGAAAAGGAGGAGGUCAAAAGGGGGGUGAGUGUAACCGAUGUGAAAUGGCUAGCUAGUUAGCGGUGGUGCGCACUAAUAGCGUUUCAAUCGGUGACGUCACUCGCUCUGAGACCUUGAAGUAGUUGUUCCCCUUGCUCUGCAAGGGCCGCGUCAAAUUUUGAUGACAAAAUCUGACUUGGUGUACAGGGAGAAUACUGUAAGAACGGCUUAUGUUCUGAAUUCUGGCGCUGUACAUUUCAAAAGAGUUGAACAAAUAGUUAUAUUGACUACGUCCGUCCUAGCACGCUCAUUAAUGUCUUAAUCGAAAUUACGGAUUGCCUCUUAUCCGUUUGUUGUUCCCUUAUGCCAUAGUUUUUACAUCUCAAUUGUCAGAAGAAACCAGAUUUGUUUAAACAAGUCAGCCAUAUCAGCUAUGUUUUUUUUAAAAGGCAGUAAAUGAGGCUGAAUGAACUAUUUCGAUGCCAGACAAGGCUCCGCUGAUAGCCAAGUGUAGCGGUGGUAAGAAUUCACUCCAUGGUGCUGAAUAGAAAGCUCCGUGUCGGGAUAGCUUUAUGUAGGCCCUAACAGUUUGUGGGCACCGUUUGUCACCGUUAUUGUGCAAUUAAUAUAUUGUUUAGUGUUGUGUUGUGUAGUGGCUUUGCUGGUAUGCAUCUAAAAUUGGUUUGGGGAUUUUGCCCCACCAAGAUUUACGUGCUAAAAUCGCCACUGAUUCAGCUCCAGCCAUUACCACAAGCCCGUCCUCCCCAUUUAAGGUGCCACCAACCUCCCGUGACUCACACACAAAUGCAAGCAAGCAGGCACACACACGUGCCCCAUCUAUCCCUCCCUUCCCUUCUACAUUUUGCCUUUUUAAUUAAAUCUAUCACUGCUUUAUAAUAUGGAUGUACAUUAUGAUGAUUCAUGUCUGUCAAAUAUAAAAGAUAAAAGGUUAAAGGGAAUGUUGGCAUAUCAGAUAUCACUUUUAGUUUAACUCAUUUAUCUUAGGAAAGUUAUAUAGCCCUACUAUUCGAUUAUAGGUAGAAUGACUCAAGGUAAACUAUCUUGUCGUAUAGAUCAACUACUAUUCUACCGUGAAAAUGUCCCAUAAAUGUCUGUCGAGAGCUGCAAAUGAUAAAACAUAAGGAAAUGUCGCCCCGUGCGGAUAUUUGUUAUUUUUCAUUUCACACACAUCCGGGACGCACACAAUGUGACGUCACAAUUGUCGUCUGUUACGCGGGAAUCACAAACUGAUACAAAAUAACCGGCGCAUCACCUUCUACUGUCCUUCCCGCUCUCACAGCGUUUACGUCGUCUGAUCACGCGCAGAGAACUGCACCGUCUUUUACAGGUGUUUUUGUUGUCGCUGGUUCCCAUUCUGGGUUUAGAAUGUCUCACACAGGUAAACAGGUGGUCAUCCCUCCAGAGCUCCCUGGCAUUCUGAAGCAGUUCACCAAGGACGCCAUCCGGACACAACCUGAAGACCUGCUGGAAUGGGCCACACUGUACUUCAGUGCUCUGGUCCAGGGGAAGACAUUACCUGUGAACAGGACACCAGACAAAGUGAUAACCCCCAACACCAUGGACCUCACACCUGAGGUACUCACAACAAUGCAUGAAAAGCUACAUAAGAAUGGCACAGUCAGUAAGGAGGAGGUGAGCAAGCUGUGGCGGUCGUUAGGAUUGGCUGACGACCUUCUCAGACACAUCAUGACAGUGGGCUGCUUCGGAGACCAACUCGACUGGAUAAAAUUCUUCGCCCUGGGCUGCAGCUAUCUGGGAGGGACGAUCAAGAACGCCAUGACCCACGCGCUGUACAUCCUGAACUCAGACAGCUCAUGUAAGCCCCCAGACGCCUGCGUCACCUUCGAGACCUUCCGAUUCCUUUACUCCUACCUGGCUGCAGUGGACAAAGAGGUGUCCCAGGCCCAGAUAGACCGAACCAUUACCUACUUGGAGGCUCAGGCGAAGGCGCGUGAUGGGAUGGUGAAGGUGUCGGACUUCGUCAACAGUCGUAAAGUGCGUUUGGGAUAGACUCACCCUCUCUCCCCCUUAGAACUUUGUUCUAAUAAAGAUGGUUCCAAAGAAAAA